CAGAAGCUCUGAACGCACCAGCAGCAGCAGAAUCUCUUCCUCCACAUGGACCGGAACCAGGCAGCAGCACGUGACGAAGGAGUCCCAGACUGAGAGCCCAUCAUGUCUGUGGAGGAUGGCGCCUGCGUCCUCCUCUUCAUCUCUCCAUCUAGGUUCCUGUUGCUCUCUCUGGCCACCCGCCUGCUGCUCCUCCCCGGCCCAGGGCUCGCCUUGCUCGGCUUCCGUCCGGAGGAGACCGGGGCGGAGCUGUCCGUGGAGGACGGGGUGCUGAAGGCCACCGAGGGGACCCGCUUCAUGCUGCGGGUGUACUACUACUCCUCGCAGAGGCUCAACCGCACCGCGGGCACUCGCACCAACAACGCCGCGCCCUGGAUCGCCUUCAUCGAGGAGCCGGUACCGGGCCGGGAGGGCCAGGCUCGGCCCAAGAGGAACACGUGCACGGACGGGUCGACGUCUGACAUCAUGAUUCUGGGCUCGUUCAAGUCGGAGUCCAGCCAGAACUCGGUGCUGGUGGAGCUGCUGGCCAAGGAGCUGCGGCGGGGGGAGAAGAUCAAGUACUACUCAAUGUGCGCUUUCGACGGCUCCAAGUGGGAGCACUACCGGACUCGAGACUUCUGGGUGGCCGUGGUCGAGCGCUCGGCGGCUCCGGAGCUGUGGCUGCAGGUUUUGGUGUCGGUGCUGCUACUCGGCCUCUCGGCGCUCUUCAGCGGGCUCAACCUGAGCCUGCUGGCACUGGACCCGGUGGAGUUGCAGGUUCUGCAGAACAGCGGCACCGCCACGGAGCAGAAAUAUGCGCGGAAGAUCGAGUCGGUGAGACGGCACGGUAACUACGUGCUGUGCACGCUGCUCUUGGGCACGGCGCUCAUCAACGCCUCGCUGGCCGUGUGGAUGUGUCAGAUCCUCGGCAUGACGUGGAUCUCCACCGCCAUCUGCGCGCUAGGCAUCUUCUUCAUCGGGGAGAUCCUCCCGCACUCGGUGGCGUCGCGGCACGGCCUGGCCAUCGCCUCCAGGACCAUCUGGGUAACUCGGCUCCUAAUGGUGCUCUCCUUCCCCAUCUCCUACCCUAUCAGCAAACUGCUCGACCUGAUCCUCAACCAGGAGAUCUCCAACUUCUACACGCGAGAGAAGCUGCUGGAGAUGCUGCGCGUCACCGACCCCUACCACGACCUGGUCAAGGAAGAGCUCAACAUCAUUCAGGGAGCACUGGAGCUGCGCAGCAAGACGGUGGAGGACGUCCUGACGCCACUGGGGGACUGCUUCAUGCUGGCCAGGGAUGCCCUGCUGGACUUCAACACCAUGACGGAGGUGAUGGAGAGCGGAUACACGCGCAUCCCUGUCUACGAGGAUGAGCGCUCCAACAUCGUGGAUAUCCUCUUUGUCAAGGACUUGGCCCUCGUGGACCCGGACGACUGCACGCCGCUCAAGACCAUCACACAGUUCUACAAGCACCCCCUGCACUGCGUCUUCAGCGACACCAAGCUGGAUGCCAUGCUGGAGGAGUUCAAGAAAGGAAAGUCUCACCUGGCCAUCGUGCAGCGCGUCAACAACGAGGGCGAGGGCGACCCCUUCUACGAGGUGAUGGGCAUCGUCACGCUGGAGGACGUCAUCGAGGAGAUCAUCAAGUCUGAGAUCCUGGACGAGACAGACCUCUACACCGACAAUCGCAGCAAGCGUCGUGUCUCACAUCACGAGAGGAAGCAGCAGGACUUCUCCAUCUUUAAGCUUGAUGAGAACGAGAUGAACGUCAAGAUGUCCCCUCAGCUCCUCCUGGCCACGCACCGAUUUCUGUCCACAGAGGUGGAGCCCUUCAAGCCCACUCACAUCUCUGAGAAGAUCCUGCUGAGGCUCAUCAAGCACCCCAGUGUGGUCCAGGAGCUCAAGUUCGACGAGAGGCACAAGCUGGCGUCGCAGCACUUCCUGUUGCAGCGCAACAAACCGGCUGACUACUUCAUCCUGGUGCUGCAGGGUCGAGUGGAGGUGGAGUUUGGCAAGGAGGCGCUCAAAUUUGACAACGGGGCUUUUUCUUACUUUGGUGUUCCUGCCCUCAUGCCAGCAGAUCCCAGGUCGCCAUCUCGCAGCAACGCUUUGGAUUGCUCUGAGUCGGCACCGCACGGGGGGAACGCCAGCCAACUGAACGGGGGUUCCAACGUAUACCUGCCAGACUACUCGGUCAGACAGCUGACGCAUCUGCAGAUCCUCAAGAUCACCAGGAGCCACUACCAGAACGCUGUGACCGCCACCAUGAUGGACAGCUCACCUCAGACGCCCGACGCAGACACUUGUCUCACGGAGGCCUCGCCGCUGGAGCCCGCCGCCACGUUUACGCCCCCGGAACACACCACCGUCAAUACUCUCAUGCCCCCGCCCAGAGAGCUCGGCCGGCCCGCUUCGGCUCAAACACGAGGACAACAGUCCAGCGUCCCUCACAGCACAUCGCUGCUAAACGAGAGGAACCGCAUCGUGCGGAGUAAAUCAGACGGCCAGAAGAGUCCGAGCGAUUCCGUCUUCCUUAGGAUGGAUGACAUCCCCGACAUCCAAGACGACAGGCCAGAGGCGAUGGACGACGACAUGGCCGACGUUUCCACAGCAACGGAUACGUCUCCUUUCAUCAGCAGCAUGUCUCGGAGCAGCUCAGAGGACACACUGGGAAAGAAACUCCUCCUCAAACUCAGUCAGUCUCAUGUAACAAGAAGAGACAAAAGUCCCGCGAAGGUGACAAAACGCCGGAAGACACAACAGAGCGAGGUCAAACCUAGCGCCGCCACGACAACGUGGUCAGCUACAGCCUCCAGGGGGCGACAACCCAUCACUAUGAACGUCUUCAUGAGGACAACGCUCGUAUACGUGAGACGUAACAUGAAUGUAAAGACAUUUUUACACGCGUCGCGUUGGACAAUGGACAACACCAAAGAUGUCAACACCACACAGCAAGUCAACUGAGCUUUUAAUUUGUAAGGUCUCUUCAUUUAUGGCUACAGCCUGCUAACCAGACUCUCAUGUGUGUGUGUUUUUUUUUUUUAUCAAGACAGUCAAGCAUUUCAUAUUCAAACUAUAUGUGGAUGACUUAAAUACACCUGAGAUAAACCAUUAAAUGAAACAAUCCUCUGGCUUGUAAAUAUCCUACAAGUGAUGAGCCUACGCUGGCAUAGCAGUUAAACCUCAGCUUUCCUAUGAUUCCAUUUUCAUCAAAAAUCUUUUUUGCCUCGGUUUUCGUCCGAUAUUGCAUUUAACAAACAUGUCCGCUUGUCCUGUACUGUGUCGUUCAUGAAAUUGAGUGCCCAAACGAAGCACCCUACACGUCACUGACUAUGCAUUUUUUGAAAUGAAAAUAAAAACUGUGCCAUAGGGCCAAAGAAGGUUGCGUUUCUAUCUAACACUGACUGCCAAAAAAACACCGGAAUUUACGCUGUCCUAUAUAAAAAGUAUGUUUGUUCAUACAGUAUUUUUGGGUGUCUGGAACAGAUGAAUUGGAUUUACAUUAUUUCCUAUGGGAACAAUUGCCUCGGUUUUUGUCUGACCUUUUUGGAACGAAUUAAUGACAAAACCCAACGUUCCAUGAUGGAACUCGAAAUACAAAAAGAUGAUGAGAGCGACACAUCCAACACAACAACUGUCAUUUCAUGUCAUUUUCUUGCAGUGGAACCAUGGUUUUUGUCAUUAAUUUGUUCCAAAAGGUCGGAUCAAAACCUAAACAUUUCAUUUUUCCCGUAGGAAAUAAGGUAAAUCCAAUUAAUCCAAUCUAAUCACUCAAUAAUAUGAAUUAAAAAAUACACUUUAAAGAGAAUAAUUAUAGUUUUACCUGCAGAAAACAAUGUGAAAUAAUUAUAAAAUGAAAUAUUGUUGAUGCAGACUCCCCCUACAACCUGUAAAAAUCGAAUUCAAUAGUGUUUCUCAACUUUUUUAAAAUUGUUGGCAGGCGCAGCUUUCUUUGGCCCCAUGGUGGGUUAUUUGGCAGUCACAUCCAAUAAAAGGCUGCUUUGUUCGAGCACUCCGUUUCAAGGAACGAUACCGUACAGGGCAAAAGCGCUUGUUUGUUAUGUGCAAUUUCAGACAAAAACUGAAGCAUAUGAAAGGAGGUAAUAACAUAAAUGAAUCUGUUCCAGGGUCAGUGGAAGGCGCAAGACUUAAAUGUCACCACUGCACGCAUGACACUCUGAAAUGUUAAAAUGUGCCUGUAUACUUAAUGAAGCUUUUAUGAUGGCCACAGUUGACCCUGGAAUAGAUUAAUUCUAUUUAUAGGUGGGGGGGCAAAUUCACAUGUGUAUGUGAAAAUUCAAAGAUUGUCUAUUUUGAAAGGUUUCUUUCUUAGGUGGAAUCAGACAACUGGCUAUUUUUUUUUGUGCAUGCAGGUUUGACUUCACUGACCUUUUUAAGUGGACACACAAGCUUUUGUCCACUGAUGUCUUAGGAAGAUGAAUGGUUGCCAAUAGUAACCAGUCUACAUCUUCCAUGAAGACAUGACAUGACAUAACAUAAACAAGACAACUUGCACACUCACCCUGCAGCACAGGAUCAAUCGGCAUCAAGCAUGAUACAGCAACUGGCUUUAAAGGAACAUUUCGCCUUUUCAUCGUCCCUUGCAGGUUUUUGUUUUCUUCUGUGCACAAAGCUGCAAGAGAGACAAUUUGCUUCAACAUUUGAUGGAGGAUGUCAAAUCUAAGAAAGUGUUUGCACGAAUGACAUGCUGACCUUGAACGUUGCCUUUGUUGAUGCUGGGAGCAAAAGAGGCAACAUAUGAGUAAACAUCGUUAGAUACAGCUUAAACAAACACAAGUUCAAGCACCUCCAAGAUUAUUUUCAAGCAUUUCCAGCCACUCACAUAUAUCUACACAAAUCAAAAUGACAAUAUCACAUUCAAGUACAAUACUGCGUUACACAAUUGAUGUUUUUGCAGUUAGAGAAAAAAAUUCGAGCUUUGACCUUCUCUGUUCUCCCUGCAAACAAUUUGAAAAUGAAUGAGGAAUUUACACUAUUUCCUGUUUCCAUUUUCAAAAUUACACUUUCAUACGAAAUAAAAGAACACACUUUAAUGUACAGCUCUGAUUUUAUUUGUGCAUCUAACAAGCAAACUGCAAUACUCAUAGUUUACGUGUGCAGACAGAAACUGUUACACUUAACAUUUCCAAUGUUCCUUACUGUAUAAUUCAAGCACUUUUCUGACUUUU